AUGGAAUCAAAAUCAAAUUACAACAAUGCAUAAACGUAGUUAGACAAUGAAGGAUCAUUUGUAGAUAAAUUAACAUUAGAAAUGAAGCAAUUAAUAUUUAAGAUAGUAACAUUAAUGUUAAAGAUUGAGUCCCAAUCAGUUGUAUUUUAACUACUGAUGAGACUCAUUUAAUAUAUGUAGUUGAAUGCUAUCUUAUUUAAUCGAUAAAUUUGGAAAAUAUGGUAAGUGACAACAGUGUCUAAACCAUUACAUACUUUUUUCAAGUAAUAAUUUUACUAAUAUUAGUUAUUUUAUGAUUACCCCUUAUUUUGAUAAAGAUAGUUUCUCAUAUUUUGUUGUUUUAAUGUAUGUUUGUUUAUCAUUAUUCUUGAUAACUCUCAUGCUAAUAUGCGUAAUUGGUUUUUAUUCAAAUAAAUAAAAUCAAAGCUUUACUUGGGCUAUUGCUAUUCUUAGAACACUGAUCGAAUUUUUUUUAUCAAUAUUAUUUUUACCUUUUGUAGAUGUAUUCUUAGCUAUGUUAGCUUGUUAUGAUGAUGGUACAGGUUACUUUUAACAUUAUUUAUUUGAUGUUUAAUGUUGGGCUAAUGCACAUAUAGUACAUGGAAUAGUUGCUAUUAUAGGUGUAAUCAUUUUUAGUUUUAUUACUUUGUUAUUUUCAAUGGUUUAUUAUGAAGUCAACUAUUUACCAUAAAAUUUAAAUUCAAAAAAAUAAAGUAAAUGCACAACUUAUUUAUUAUUAUAUGAAUUGGUAAUGGUUAUAUGUUAUACUUAUAUGAAUGAUAAAUUUUAUGAAUAUGUUCAUAUUUUAAUAAUGUUAAUAGGUAGUUUUCUUGUAUUUUGGUGUUUUCAUGUAGAAAAACCAUAUAAUAAUCAUAUAAUAUAGAAAUCCUAUUCAAUGUUAGUAACAUUUCAUUUAUGGGGUGUCUCUAUGCUUUGUUUUGCUAUAUAUCUAGAAGGAGUAUUAUUUUUUGGAUUAAUAUUUUCUUGGAUGGGAGGACUACCUUUAUUAGUUAUAACAUUACUUCGUCCUUAGAAUGAAUAAUAUGAAAUUCUAAUGACAAAUUUAACAACUUGUUAAUAGCCUUAAUAAAUUUAUAAUUUGACUAAUUUUUUAUUAUAAUUGUAAUAUGAAAGUUAAAAUGAUCAAACAUCAGGAUUAGUUAUUGAUGGUUUUUUGGAUCAUCAUAAAAUUACUUGUAUAAGAGAUGAUUGUCAUUUAAAAUUAAAGGGAUUACCUAAUUAUAGAAGAAAUAAAAUUGGUCUUAAUGACAGUAAUUUAUUAGAGAGAGAUAUAGAUUUAUCUAUAGUAUUAUAUUAAAUGUAUUUAAAUUAAACAAAAAAGUUUUAAAAUUGUAUUAAAUUGAGAUUAAGAUUUGCUAUUUAUUUAUAUGAAAAAAUGAAAUAAAAAUAAAAUGCCUUAAUAGAACUUUAAGCAAUAGAAUAAUUAUUUCCAAAAUUUGAUGAAGAAUUUAUAAUUUAUAGAUUUAAAAAAUUAAUAGAAGAUGAAUUAAAUUCAAAUGAGGGAUAUGGUAGUUUUGACAUUGGUAAUGAAUUAUAGUUCUAAAAUAACUAUAAAACAUUAUAAAGAUAUAUUGAAAGAUCAUCAUUACUUCAUAUGGAUUUUUGGUCAUUAUUAUAAGAAGACUUUCCUGAUUUAAGCAAAUUGAAUGAACUUGGAUAAAAAAUAAAUAAUUCAAUAGUAUAAAUAGAGGAUCUAUGGAAGAAAAUGUAAAAGUAAAGCACAAAUUUAACAAAGGCACUUAGAUUAUAUGGAAAGUUUUAGAUUGAAGUUCUAUAAGAUAAAGAACAAGGAGAAGAAUUAUUAGAAAAAUCUAGAAUCAUAUAAUAAUAAGUUGGUUUAAAUAGAAAUAAAGCAACAUCAUCUUUUAUUAAUGCAGAAGAUAUAGGACUUGAAGCUUUACCAACAAUAGUUAUUGCAACUACAGUUGAUAAAUUCUCUUAAAUUACAAAUCUCAAUAAAGCUUGUUGUAAUGUAUUAGCUUAUAAUAAAUCAGAAUUAUUGAAUAAAAAGAUUACAUUAAUUAUGCCAAAUGUAUUUGCAAAGUUUCAUGAUAGAUACAUAGAGAAAUUUAUGACUCUCAAUGUUUCAAGUCUUUUUAAUGUUGAUAGAUAUAUAUUUGUUAAAUAAAAACAUAAUUACAUUAUGCCUAGUUUUUUGAAUAUAAGAAUGCUUUAAUCAUAUGAUGAUUCUACUAUGAUAGUUGGAUAAUUUAAAUUGAUCAAAUAAUUUAAACCUAUUUGUUAUCUUUUAACAGAUAAUGAAAAAAUUAUUGAAUCUAUAUCAGCUUCUUGUUUUUCAUUAUUAGGUAUUGAUAAUAAAUUGAUAACUCAUAAUAAGAUUUAUAUUAAUGAUCUCUUUCCUCAAUUCUAAGAUUAGUUUAAUUCAUUUUUUACUAAAUAAGGAGCCCCAAUUAAAUUUUAUAAUUCUCUUUAAUAAACUAAAUCACCAUCAUAUUAACCUUCAUCUGAAUAAUAAACUGAAAAAUAAAAAUCAGAUAAGUUUUAUUAAAUUUAUUAAUGUAAUGUAUCAGAAAUCAGAGAUUUUGAAAAAUAACUUGUAGGUUAUUCUAUUAAAUUAGAAUUAAUAUAAACUGAAAAAUCAUUUGGUACUUAAUAAAAUAUGAGUUUAUUAGCUGAAAAACAAUAAACUGAAUAAUUAGUUUAUAAUUAAAUGUAAUUUAAAUUCAUCCCUAAAGCUAUGACAUUUGUAGCAGAAGUUGGAAAUGAAAUUAAUUCUUAAAGGGUUGAUUAAUCUGUAAAUUGGGAUUAAUAAGAUUAAAGUUCUUAAUUAACAUCUAAUCUUGGAAUGGAAUAUUAAAAACCAUCAACAGAAAAAAGUGAUGAAUUAUAAAUAUUUACUCAUUCUUUAAAAUUAGAUGAUGGUAUUAAAACUUUAAGAUUAUUUGAAAAUAAAAUCUAAGAUAUUGAAGAUAGAGAAGAUAUUAUCUCUGAAGAUGAAGAUUCAGGAAAAUCAAGUGUAUUUCAAAAAAUUGAUAAUGAUUCAAUAGAAGUAGGAGUAAAUGAUAAUCUGAAUGUUUUUAGAUCACGAACAAAUUUACUUUAACUUAUUAAUAUUUAAUAAACACCAAAAGUCAUUACCAAACUUAAUUGGACAAUGAAUUUAGAAAUGCUUUCAAUUGUUACUUUAUCAUUUGUUGCAUUCUUCUUAACUAAUUAACAAUAUAAUAAAAUAAGUGAUUAAUUAUAUCUAGUUUAAUAAGUUGGUAUAAGAAAUGCUGAAUUUUUUAAUCUUAUGGCAGCUACCCAAAACUUAUAAAUGUAAUAAAUUGGAAUUUGGACAUUUACCUCUGAUUCUGAAAGUGAAUUAUAUGAAAAAGAUUAGAGAUAAUUGAUAAAUGAUACAAUAAAUACAAUAAAUGAAAUUAAUACAAUUUUAACUCUAAAUAGUGAUGAUGAUAAUGAAUAACUUAAAGAAUUGUACACUUAAAAUGUUGUAAAUAUGCAGGUCAGCGAGGGAGUAUUUCAAAAAUAUGAUUUAGUAUAAGCUAUGUAAUAAUUAUUAAGUAAAUCUCUCAUACUUAGAGAUAAAUAAUUAGCUUAUAUGACUCCAAAAGAUGAAGACUUCAAAUUUUUGACUUAUAAUCUUUUAAAUGAUUUUGCUCUUCAUUUAUAGAAUUCUACUCAAUAAUAUUCCUUAGAUUUAGCUUAGAAAACAGCUGACAAUAGAUAGGAGUUAAUAAGUAUAUUAGGUACAUCUUCAGGAAUUUUAGGAGUUUCAUUAUUAUUAUUGAUAUUCUUUUUGAUUUAGAUGGCAAAAGGACUAUAAGAAAUUUUAGUUUUAUUCUUAGAUAUUCCAGAUAAAACUAUUAAAUUUUUAUAUUCAAAAUGUGAAAACUUCUUAUCAAAUAUUUAAAUAGGAGAAGAUGAUGAAAUGUUAUCAGAUUUUGAUGAACUUGAAAAAGAAGAACGAGAAGAAUUGAAUAGAACACUUAAAUAAAGAAGAAAAAAGAAGAAAUAUAAAAAUUCUAACAAAGAAUUAAGAAACCUAAUUUUGAUUUCUCUAAUUCUAACUAUAUUAUUCCAAAGCUAUUUCAUCAUAUUUUAUUUUUUAAGUAGUUAGAUGCUCACAAAUUUAAGCCAGAUGGUACCUGAAAUUAAUUCAACUUCUUAUUGUGAAGGGUUUUAUAAAUUUGCUGAAGGUUCAGAAAGACAUUUAUUUUUAAAUAGAGAUAUUCCUAUCACUAGUGUUGAUUCAUAUUAUCUACUUAAAGUUCUCAUAGAUGCACUAUAUUAAAUAGAUUCUUAUUUUCAUCAAGAACACUCUUUAAAUAUAGAUAUCCUCAAUAAUAUAUACAUAGAUUCUUUCUAAGAAAUCUUUAUGCUUUAACCAUGUGCAAUAUUUGCAAGUGAAAUGCAAACUGUAACUGAGGAGGAAUGUAUAUAGUUUGCUUCAGGAGCCAUAGAUUAAGGAAUGGCUGUGGGAUUAGCAAGAUUUAUUGAAAAUAUUAGAUUUCUAUUGACUAUUUAUGAAUAAUUUUAUGGCCAUCCUGAAGUGUCAUUUUCAAGUGCUGUCAGAGGAAACGUUAUAUUCAAGAAUAUUACUUAGAAUGAUGAUAAUGUUACUAAUUACAUUUAUAAUUUAAAUAAUUUUAAGUAGGCUAAAGAAUUGAGAGUAAUGUAAAGUACAUAUCUAAAAGGUAAAAGUUGAUGAAAUAAUUAUAGCUACAUUUCGGUAUUUAUUUCUUAAAUUAAAGGAGGGAAUUAAUUUAGAUAUGAAUAAUUCUAAAACUUAACUUUUAGCUUUGUUUAUAAUAUUUGAAGCAAUUUUAUUUAUUUUGUAUUUUGUAUUCUGGUUACCUUUGACAAUUAAACUAAUUCGAGACAUAUAAAAAACAAGAAUAAUGGUUAUGAUGAUACCAUUAAAGGUUAUUCUAAAAAUAAGAUCCAUAAAGUUAUACAUCAAAGAUGUAAUUUUGGAAAGAGCUGUAGAAAAAUGA